GGCAUAGAUCUCCUGCCACCGUGCCACGGAAGCACUCACUUCUCCAGCGGCCAACGUUUGCCCUAGUAACGCGUUUUCAUGUUGGGCAGCGACAUGACAGGCUGGCGACGAGGCGCGUCGACGGCAGAUCUGCGGCACAAGCCGCCAAUCGAUGUCAUGAUUGACAACGCGUCCAACCACUUGCAAUCACAUCCACAAGACAGGACGGCCGACCAUCCAUCCAACGAUCCCAUCCAAAGGAUGGCAUAUGACGACGACCAGCACAUGGAAAACUUUCCUCUCGUGCCGCUAGAUGUCAUCCCGAGGAUGUCGACGUCCCGCCUCAACGAAUGCCGCGUCCAACUCGUCAAGCUGGCGGACUCGCUGACGCCCGACCACCCGGACGACGUUGCUCUUGGCCACUACAUCCGGAAGCAGCUUGCCACCGUCGUCACGGAGCUCGAGGACAGACGGGCGAAGCAGCGCAUCGCGGACCUCCUUGCUGGCAAUGCCGUGGCGCCAAGGCCCCCCGUCGUCUUUGCCGCUUCCCCUGACGGCCGCAGCAAAUCCUGCCACGCGAUGCAAACGCCGCCCUCACACCCCAACGCAGCGCCGACAACGAAGCACCAUCCCGCUCCCUCCUCACCCCCCCACUCCGUUUACCCGUCCAAGUUGUCUUUACGAGACAUGAAGUCGCUGGCCAAGGCCACCAAGGUGACGGCAACCACCGACGGCGCCAAGUUUAUCAUCCUCGGGACGAACACGUCCAAGAAGAAGCGGCGGCGCAAGGCCAAGGCGGCGCCAGUCGUCAGCGCCGAAGAGUUGCUAAAAAAGCAACGAGAGGACCGACGGCGGGCCGCGCACGACCGCCUCCUCGCCCGGCAAGCGAAAAUCGCCCUCAAGAAGCAGCAGGACCAAGCAAAGAAAGCCGCCGCGGCAGUCGCGGCGGCAGCCUCCGAACCCGCCAACGACGACUCGAGUGAAUCGGACAACGAUGUCAACGAUGUCGCCCCGUCUAGCUCGGACGAGGAGUACGUUGAUGCUGAUAGUGCUGCGCCUGCACACAAAGAAAUCGAGGCGGCUGGGCACCCAUGCGCCGACGUCCCCGACGCGGGAAAGCCCGCGGUCGAUCCAGCCGUCGACGGUGACGAGCGCAUCCGUCGCAUCAACGCCCAGCUGUGCCUCGUCCAGGCCGAAGACAACCUGCGCGCGCUGAGGAGCUGCACGCCACGGACAGCCACACACGUGCCGACCCAAGAGGCUGCCGCAUCCCCACUCCAGCCUGAGCCCAACGUCGCGUUGGAUCUGCGCUGUCAGCCAGAGACACACGAGCGUGUGCCUGAGGCCCCCGACACAUCGAGCCAACCUCGUCCACACGAGAUUCACGAGGCGGACGUCACCCAUCGCAAACCAGAGGCGGCGGCCGGCUCAACGCCAGACGACAGCAGCGACGACGCGUCCGAUGGCGGCGGCGGCGAUGACGACGUCAUGGCUUCUCCGCCGUGUGAGACUGCUUACGACAGGUCGUCGUUUCAUACAACGGUGUAUUUGGUCAUGAAAGACGAGUCGCCGACCGCCGCGCCGCCGACCGCCUCGCUGCCAGAGUGGUUUCAGGACCAGCGCAAUUUGAUUUCCCACAUCACCGACGAGCCAAGCGAUGCGACGAAACCAGACCGACUGGAAGGGGGGGCGAACGGGACCCGAUUCACUUGCUCGGAUGCGCCAGCCAUCCCCCCGACGUCCCGGGGCGACACGACCGCUGCUGCUACCGACGCAUCGGCAGCCGACCGCGCAAGGACGAUCAUGUCCAACCUCAUGCGCGAUAGGUCGUGCAUCCAGUUGUGCCAAGCUAGCGUCGACUGCGCCCUCGAGUCGCUGUCUACCCCCAGUGCGUGUCCAGUGGCUACCGAAGCACACACUACUCGUGGGGCCAACAAGUCGCAGCGACCUCGGUCGUGCCAUCGCGCCUCCGGCCCCCAUCUGCCUCUGGCCAAGGGCCAAUCUGCAGAUUCGGCGCGCCCCCAGCGACCGUCCCGCCACCAGUCCGCCAAAGGUCCGCCGACCGCCCCCGUCGUCAUGCCCCUCGUCAAGAUGCCGUCCAAGCCCGUCACCGACUACUCGUCCAUCUAUCGAAACUUUUACUGCACGAUGACGUCGUUCUACGAACGGAUGAAGGCCGCGCAAGAGCACAGCGGCAAGACCCACACCAAAGACAUCAUCCAGAACGGCGACGUCGCGAUUCGAUUCCAAUUGAAGCUGUACACUGUCUGGACCAACAUCAUGCACGACUAUGCGACAGUGUUUGGCACGUCGCGCCCGAUCGACUCGUCGUGUGUCUUCGAUGCCAAGUGCACGCCGUACACGGCGCAGUUCCGCAUCCAUUCGCAAGCGAGGCAAGAAGUCGUCGGCAUCGUCGUCGAGGCGCUCCAAAAGCUUCCCGACUGGGACGAACUCCCCGUCGACUUGGGGCUCAGCACGACAUGGAACCUCCUAUGGACGUGGAGCAAGCCCCGCGUCGACCGGCAAACGCUGCUUGCGUGGCAAAAGGUCAACCACUUUGCCGGCGCCAAGGCGCUGACUCGAAAAGACCAACUGAAGAAGAGUCUCCAGCGCUUCACGGCCAUGGGCGACAAGAUGAAAGCCGCGUUUGACAUUGCGCCGGAAACGUUCAUCUUGCCCCACGACUACAUCCCGUUUGUUCAAGCAUUCAAGCGCCGCGCGGACGCGGUCGGCGCGACCCACAACUUUUGGAUCAUGAAGCCCGUCGCGCUGUCCCGCGGCCGCGGCAUCUCGCUCCUCAACGACCUCGGCCAAGUCGCGUACGGCGACGCCGUCGUCGUGCAAAAGUACAUUGAGAACCCGCUCUUGCUCGAUGGAUUCAAGUUUGACCUGCGCCUCUACGUUCUUGUGACGUCUUUCAACCCGCUCGAGGCAUUCUUUUACAACGAAGGGUUUGUCCGCAUUUGCACCCACCGCUACAGCACCGACUCGGCGGACCUCGGCAAUCUGUUCAUGCACUUGACCAACAGCAGCAUUCAAAAACAUGGCCACAUGGACCAAGUUGCGGACAACCCGGUCCACCAAGCCGACGCGACCGAGGCCGGCGGGACCAAGGCCAGUUUGGCGUAUCUGUGGUCGCGGCUGGCGGCGGCCAACGCCCCCGUGGACGCGAUCAAGGCCGCGAUCGUCGACGUUAUCGUCAAGUCGCUCGUGGCCGGCGAAGACUCGAUUCCGUACCAAGUCAACUCGUUUGACUUGUACGGGUACGACAUCUUGCUCGACGACCAGUACCGGCCAUGGCUCAUCGAGAUCAACUCGUCGCCGUCGAUGGCGCGCGAAAACCAUCUCGACUACGUCAUCAAGGACGCGCUCUUGUACGACACAAUGCGCGUGGUGAAUCCGCUGCAUUUUGACCGGGCCGCGCUCGUGUCGGUGCUUCAGCGUCGGGCGGACGAACUCGCGCACGACAAGAAGCGGCCCAACCUGAUGCACCCGAUGGAAGCAGAAGCCCGCGCGAUGAGGCAACUCAACGAGGACUUGACAGACAUCUUGCGCGGCCACGUCCCGCGGCAGCACGGUGAAAUGCCCGAACACAUGGGCAACUUUCAGCGCAUCGCACCCAGCGCCAUCCACACCCAGGUUGUCAAGCUCAAGCGCAGCUGCUUUCGCGAAAACCCGCCACCUGCGGCAACCAAGAAGUAG